CUAAGGGGGGAAGUGAGGCAGGGGUACUUCCUUGUAAACACCAUCCUCUCUGAUCAUAUUAUUGUGCGCAAUGACCAAUUCAAAACAAUACACCGUUUGCUGAAUCUUUAUUUUCGAGAGGACAGGUUGAAGUCUAUUUUGUGCUUUUUAUUACAACUCAGUUUGCACUAUGCUUCAGCUAAACGACACGGUUGAACCAAUGAGUCCGGGGGCUGCGGUCCUUCAUCCGGCAGAGGCAGAGGAUGGAGUCGAGGUUGCCUUUACACCGCCGGGGGCCAGAGGGAGCCUUGGGUAUAGUUCUUCUGUAGCAUGUUGCUCCCCCUUACAAACGUUGACGCCGUUUCAUGUCCACAACCCAACAAUGCAAGCCAAAGUGAAGGAUUAUUUCGUCUUUAGGCCAGGGACCAUUGAACGAGCAGUGAAUGACAUCAGAACAGUGGGCCUGCCUUCAGAGGAUGGAGAAGUGCUGAGUGUGUGGCUGCUUGCAGAAGUUGACCACUGGAACAACGAGAAGGAGAGACUGGUGCUCAUAACUGACAGGUCCCUGCUGGUUUGCAAGUAUGACUUCAUCAACUUGCUGUGUCAGCAGGUCAUCAGAAUCUCCCUUAAUGCCGUGGACACCAUCUCAGUGGGCGAGUUUGAGUUCCCGCCCAAAUCACUCAACAAGAGGGAGGGCUAUGGGAUUCGGGUUCAGUGGGACAAACGCCCACGCCCCUCCUUUGUGAACCGCUGGAAUCCCUGGUCCACAGACAUGCCCUAUGUCACCUUCACUGAGCACCCCAUGGCCCGUGCCGACGAGAAAGUGGCCUCUCUCUGCCAGAUGGACAUCUUCCGGACCCAGCUGGUUCAGGCAGUGAAGAAGGCCCACAAGGAGUUUGCCAUUCCGGGCAGGGCCAAUGGAGUUCUGAUCCUAGAGAGGCCCCUCCUCAUCGAGACCUACCUGGGCAUCAUGUCCUUCAUCAACAAUGAGGCGAAGCUGGGCUAUUCCAUGACCAGGGGAAAGAUUGGCUUCUAAAUGUUUCCCACUGAGUGACCCUCUUAUUCCACAGCAGUGGGAGCGCUGUCAAACUGUGUGUUUUAUGAGUGUGUGUCUGUCUGCUCGUGGAAUGCUGACAAUGUGGCUGUGUCAUACCCAACGCUUGAGUAUAACCGGCGGGCAGUCAUGGUGUGCAGCAAGCCUGAGUUCUCUCCACUCCUGCCACAGUGCUCUCAUGCAAAGUUGUUUUCCAUUUGCCAUAAUUAUUUAACCCCCCGAGUGGAGAGACCUACAGUAUGUGAAUUUGGUGUGUUUGUGCGAUUAGGGAAUGUCGCUAAUUGUGGGUACAGUGCAUACUGUUUACCUUGCCAUUGUGAAAAUACUGUAAUACACACCUAAUGCUGCUAGGUGAACCUGACUUAGAGCCCUUGAAGUUAAUAUUAUCGUGGGCCUUUUGUGCAGUACGAGGGCAUGGUUAGGUGCUUUAACUUUAGGUAUAAGAGUGGGCUUUAUCAGCGCUCGUUAUUACAGAAACUGAUGCAAUGAGCUUUGCCUGACCAUUAUUUUCAACCUGAGACGCCUUGCAAAAUUGCAGAUUUUUGCAUUAGCCAAAUUGGCUCUAAAAUCCAUCAUAUUGGGACGUUGUAGUGGUAAGAUUUGAGAAUUAAUACGGCUGCCGGCGCUACAAUCCGCUUUUUCAGUCAAAACUAUGACCACUUUAUUUACUAUAAUUAUACAUUGUCUGGUGCAAGCCCAAUAACAGAUAUCCUCGUGACAAUUUUCUUAAAUUGAUUAGGGCUACUCAUCUCCAUAAAACACACAGCCUUUAUCGUCCUCAUGCUAGGCUAGUUCAUGCUGAAACAGCAGAUUAGGUCCUAUGAAAAUGUGAUGUCUAACAUUGGGAUGAGUAGGUGCGGGGAAGUGUUGUGGAAUAUGUUACUUUAGCAUUAGCUACAUAGCAUGAGGACAAGGCAGGCAGUUUCAUUCCGAACUAACAGUAUUAUGAUUUGCCAUCAGGCAUUGUGGGAUAAUUAGAAGUACAGUGACACCUUCCAUGCCUGGAUUGAGGUACGUUUUCAUACCCGUUUGAUUCUUAGUGUUGACCGGUAUAGAAAUAAUCCCUUCUACAUAUGCUUUCACCAAACAAUCUACUAUUCCAAUACACAUCUUGCUCGGAGGCUAAAAAAGUCCUAUCAACCACCUGAAUAACUUGACCAUAAAAAUAUCCACGUGGGAAUAAAAAUGGUGGCCAUUUUAGAUUACAUUGAUCUAUUAGUCAACUAUUCAAGUAACUAACUAGUUAGGGCUGUAGCCAUAGUCUGACAUAAACCUCAAAGAAAAAAGCAAUUUACGUUAAAUUGGAUACAGCGUUUGAAAUAUCAGCCUCAAUCAGAUUUGCAUGUUAAAACCACUUAACCCCCUCGGCCUCCGCUUUACCGAUUUGUCACUUCCAUGUCGACGUUAGAAUGCUUGAGUGCCUUGAGUGCUUGCUCAGCGAGAACACCCAUGCUGGCACCCAUAGGAACCUUAAAUACCCCCAACUGUCUCAACCUAAACAAGCACAAAUGUAAAUGUAUCAGCGCUGCACAGGAGCCAAUAGAAGGAAGUGAUUUAAUGUAUAAGGGACAAUACCAGGAAGUGACAUUGGCUGAAUAUAAUUGAAACUGAUUAAUCAUAAGUCAAUUGCAAAUGAACAGUUUAAGAUUUCCUAGAGGCCCUAUUACAUUUCAAACAUUCUUCCAUCUGUCACAAUGGUUGAUGGACAUUCAAUUUUGUUUCUAAACAGAGUAAGAUGUCAUUCUUGCAUGGGAUCCAAACGGAAUAUUUCAAAGUAUGCAAGACAAAUCAACGUCAAGAAAUCCAGGAACCAGAUUUAAACUGGUUUGAAAUAAACCGAUCUCUCAUCCAUUCACCAGAGAAGAAUCUGGUUGUUAGGCCUCUGCUUCACACAAGAUCAUGCUUUAACCACUCGAAUGAACUAAGAUGUCUGUCCAACUACCUUUUUUUUUCUUCCACUCCUGGUCUAAAUGUAACAUGCAUGUCUUGCAUGUUGGUUUGCAUGCCGUCUCUGUUCAACUUCGAAAAUGCUCCAGAAUAGCAAUUGAUGCAGGUUGAGUGUUACAAAAGAAAACUAACUUCUUGGUCAAAUGCCUAAUAUUUGUAGCACGGUCACCAACGUGAGGCAAAUGCCUACAUUACUUUGAUAUUUCGUACUGGGUAAAUCUGAUAUCCAACCCAUUUGCAGAUUAGUUUGACUCAUAACGCUGACUAUAUGCUCAUACUGACCUUGAAUACUGUACAUUGCUUAUUAAAUAAAUACUCAAACUCA